GCGGCUGGCGGUAAACGUACCGGCGUCUUUCUGCUGAGGGCAUUCAUGUUUCCUCAUGUAUUACCUCAGCGAGCAGGGUGAUCACGUCUAUACGCUGAAGCAGAAAUUUGACCCUAUGGGACAACAGACUUGCUCGGCCCAUCCUGCUCGGUUCUCCCCAGAUGACAAAUAUUCAAGACACCGAAUCACCAUCAAGAAACGCUUCAAGGUGCUCCUGACCUAGCAACCGCGUCCUGUCUUCUGAGGGCUCAUUAAUCUUCUAUGCUGCUCGUGCCUCGGCUGAUUAUA